GGAUUCAUUUGGUGAAGCUCCCCGGAGCCUGCACUAGAAGAGGUUCCCUUCUCCCCAGGGCUGUGCUCGUUUCUCGUCUCGACUCUGCACAGUACUUUUCUGCGGUCCUCGCGCCUGUUCCUUUCUUUGGAUAUAUAUCCAGUCACUUGCUCCUAAUUCUUCAUACCUCUCAGUCCCUCGCAUCACUGAUCUUCAUCAUGCUCCGCUCGACACUCGCCUUCCUGGCACCCGCCAUGGUAUCUGCCAUGGCCUUCCCCUGGGCGGGUCCAGAGCCCACGCUCGUGAUGCCCGAGGGAGACAACUGGAGCCCUGCCCCCACAAAGGCCCCAGAGCUUGGUCUACUCGAGCUUUUCAAGAAGCGAGCUGCUGGUGACAAUACUUGUGGUUAUAUUAGCGGUUCUUCUGCUUCUUCGUUGACUUGCAAUGACUCCAACUACGUUUGCGCAACCAACACGUACUACGGCGUCCACGGAUGUUGCGAUCCCAACAGUCUUGCCUCAUGCAGCAUUCCCACUACAUGUAUCGCCAGCAGCGAUCUGGCCGCCUCCUGCACGGACGCGGCUUGCUCCUCUAACAACUACAUAGCCAAGUGUACACUUACCGAUUCGCCGUACUGCUACGAAUGGCGAUAUGUGUACUCUACACGUACUGUCAUGACUGAAUUCGGAUGCGCCGAAUCCGCCUUCACCAUUUCCGUCCAGCGAACCUUCAGCGGUGAUCUCAACAGCGCUGCUGCAACCAGCUCCGAAGCCGUCAUUCCCAUCUCCACCAAGGUCAUCACCGUUGUCCCCUCUUCGUCGUCCGUUUCGUCUUCUUCGAUUCCCACAUCCCCCAGUGUCACCGGCACUGCCGCGACCGCUAUCGCCACCUCUAGCAACAUCUCCCUCCCAACGACAAAGAAGAAGUCCAAGUCGCAUGUUGGCGCGAUUGUGGGAGGCGUUAUUGGCGGUCUCGUUGUUAUUGGUGCUAUCAUCUUCGGCAUUGUCUUUGCCUUGUUGAAGAAGAAGAAGGCGAAGAACGCUGCCGCCGCCGCUCCACCUCCAAAUACCCAGGGUCCCGCUCCCGGCGUCGCUGAGUUCAAGCCGCAGCCCGGUGGAUUUGCGCCCCAGCAAGGCGGCUACCAACCACCACCACAACAACAGGGAGGCUACUACCAGCAGGAUAUCAAACCAGGCUUCAACAACCAACCGCAAGUGGGUGUUCCUGGCCAGGAAAUUGGCGGCAAUUCGCAAGCACCGUACAGCCCUCCGAUGAGCCCCGCUCCGCAAUACAGCGCACCGUUUAACCAAGGCCCACCACAAGGCAUUUCCGAAGCUGCUGGUACCCCCAUCCAGCCCGCACCGCAACAACCACACGCGCCACAGCACCAGGUGUACGAGGCCCCGUAGGCGCCCUCACUCGCUUUGGAUUCUCGUCACUAUUACAAACAUCAAAAAUUCGCUUAAGCGCCCCUCGUUUCCACCAUACCCUCUCUGUUUACACACGGAGAUGUCGCAGUCCUCCAAUCUAUCUUUGGAUCUGCUUUUCGGCGUUGUUUGGAUAAUUCGUCACGCCCGCCGCAUGCGCUAUUUGGAAUGAGUUAGUCUCUGAAAGUUUUUCUUCUGCUAUAUUAUAGCUAUUUAGCGGAGUCUUUGGACCGGUAGCAUGGCAUGGAGGCCUCUUGGAUUGGGGCUAGAUGAAUGGGACAGAAGAAUAGCAUUUCCUCAGCUGUAGAUACUGUAUUUUGCAGAGCCAUACUCGAGCAAAUUUUAAUCGUAUUUAAUCGCAC